AAACAGCUGAUGCUUCUUCUUGCCCGUCUUGCCAUUUCCCCGUCGGUCUGCUUCUUGCCGCUUGCCAGCCACACCGCAUCCACUAGAUACAGAUACACAUCGCUCAGUGCCUCCCAUUGGCUCUCUUCACACGGCUGCCAUGUCGUUUCGGGGUUCUCUCGCUCUUCGCCUGAGCAGCGGGCCUCAGUUCGCAUUUCGCUUUGGGUUGUGCCUCCUCGUCUGGUUCGCUUUUUGGGUCAGGCCAGAGCGAUUUCCACACAAAAUUCCUAGUCUACUGCCGAGAUACUACCACUGCAAAACGAACUAAAAUUCCAAAACCCGCUUAGCACCGCAUUAAAUGCACUGAGUCCUAAGCACUAUAAUUAACCAGAUCAGAAGCAGACCGUUAUUCUUCAAAACUAAGACUUAAACCACCAACCAAUUGUACAAUCAACAACAAGAAUUACAAGCAAAAACGGAUAGAAGGACUCCGCAGUCAGCGACAAACACCAACCACUACUCAAGAACACAAUGGCCUUAAUUAUGAAAUACAUUGACAGCAUAAGCAGAUACGUGGACUCACAUAGUGACUCGAGGACAAAGGGCUGGCCCAUGAUGUCGUCCCCAUUCCCCACACUAGCCGUUUGCCUCACAUAUGUCUAUCUGGUCAAGGUGCUGGGACCCCGAUUAAUGGAGAACCGAAAGCCUCUGAAUCUGCAAAAUACUCUAGUCAUGUACAAUGCCAUACAGGUUGUUUUCAGCGCAUGGCUGUUUUAUGAGUGCUUGAUGGGCGGCUGGUGGGGCUCGUACAGCUUCCGGUGCCAGCCGGUGGACUACACAGAUAGUCCCACAUCCCGGAGAAUAGGAAUUUCCGGUUGGCUAACUGGACAUUAUAGCUUCCGAUGUCAGCCAGUCGACUAUAGUAAUAAUCCUAGAACGUUAAGGAUGGUUCAUGCCUGCUGGUGGUACUACUUCUCAAAGUUCACAGAAUUCAUGGAUACGAUUUUUUUCGUGUUGCGCAAGAAGUCGAGUCAGGUUACCACACUGCACGUCAUCCAUCACGGCUGCAUGCCCAUGUCGGUCUGGUUCGGCGUUAAAUUCACCCCGGGUGGUCACAGCACCUUCUUCGGGCUGCUCAACACUUUCGUCCACAUCGUGAUGUACACCUACUACAUGUUCUCCGCCAUGGGUCCGCAGUACCAAAAAUACCUCUGGUGGAAGAAGUACCUGACCACCCUGCAGAUGGUUCAGUUCAUCUUGAUCAUGGUGCACGCCUUCCAGCUGCUCUUCAUCGACUGCAACUACCCGAAGGCGUUCGUCUGGUGGAUAGGCAUGCACGCCGUCAUGUUCUUCUUUCUGUUCAACGAGUUCUACAAGGCAGCCUACAGGAACCGCAUGAUGAAGAGAAACGGAGCCCUGGCCAACGGACACGCCAAGCCCAACGGCUACUGCAAGAGCAUCAACGCCCAUGACGAUCUGGCCAUGCCGAAGACCACAGAGGCGACAGCGACGCCCGUAUCUAAGGCCACCGGGAGCAGCACCUCACUGAGUAAUGGGCAUUCUAAUGGGGUGGAUAACGUCUACAAGCAAAUGGCGAACGGCAGCGCGCACAAGGGUGCCAACGGAGGACUGACCAACGGUUAUGCCACUAAGCUGCUGGACGACGCUUCUCAGGAGCUGAAACAGCGAAAGACGCCAAAAUAAUAUCGGGGCAAGGAGGGGCGGCGGCAGCACAGAGCUUAGAACGCGGCAAGAGCCAGUAGCGCCAGGAGCUUCCUGGAAAGGGCCGGAGCUCCAAGAGUCAUUUCCAAAGGCACACACAACUUCAUUUCCGCUCACUACUCCUCAUCGCAGACCAUCCACUUACACAAUUCCAAGUCAGGACUCACGUUCUUGGGCAGCUCGGAAAAUAUGCUAAGUAAGCGCGUAAAAACACUAUUAGUGACCCGCUGACCCAAAUCCAUACACUUGAACAUAGAAAUAUGCGAAUGGUGGCUAGCAUUCCCCAAUGGGUAUGCCCAUUGAGGCAUAUGCAGAUGUAUAGGCAUUGCGAAUGCAUAUGCACCCGUUCUCUAGCCUACUUUUUUUAAUACGUUUUGUUGCUUCUUUUUCUUUUUUAGUUGUAUAAAACUUAUUUAUCAUAAGUAUCCUGGCGUAUUGUAUAAUAUAAAAUCUACUAUCGCAAAUCAAGAUUUCAACUAAUCGAAAACGAUAACAGAAACCCAGCAAAAUCAAUUUAAAACUGAAACUAAUGCAAAUGCACUUAGAUUGUGUAUUGGCAAGAAAUUCAACUAUUUAAGCAUAGAAUUUAAUUUAUAUAUAUAUAUAUGUAUAUAUACAUAUACAUAUAUUAUUAAAGUAAAUAAAAACAGCAGCAGUCUACGGCAAGUUUUGUAAAUGUUUAAAGCAAAAAACAAGUGCAAUUUAAAAUUAGGCACAAUAAUUGUUUAAAAGAAGUCAUUCAGAAGUAGCAGACUAUUUACGUUAAUCAGAGAACUACAAACUCAAAUAUUCGACAAUUUUGUGAAACUAACAGUAUAAAAAAUAAUGUACGAAUCCAUUAAGAAAUCACAGCCUAUCUAAUUACCCAUAAAAAGUUUCAUUAAUUUAUUACGAAUAAAUUAUGCAGCUAAGCUAAAAACGAAAACGCGAGAUAACAACGGUGUAUACCCAACAAACACACAGCAACAAUAUCAAAACAGAUUAAACACAAAAGGAACUAACCAUAAGGAACUAACCAUAAGGACGAUCCACUUCAAAGCGAGCAUUAAAAUUAUUAAAUUGUUGGAAUCAAAAAACAAAAUAGACUAAGUCCCACACUCUAGGUUUGCAAAUGCAAUACGUUUUGUAUGCGUAAUAGCCAUUUUUGUGCAAACAUUACCUAUGUAAUUAAUAUUAUACAAAUAGAAAACAAAAAUAUGUAGAAAACUAAGUAAAAAUGGAGAGGAGCAUUUUUUCAAUAAAAUCACUAAAAUUA